AUGCGUUUAAGAUCGAGUGACGAAAUUGAUUCGGUGUCGAUUUUGGAGGAGACUUUGAUUGAUUCAAGUCCAAAAAAAGAAGUUUUGGAAAAAAAGUCUGGAUUUUUGGAUUUGAACGUUUUAGAUUCUGGUUUGAAUGAGGAAAUAACGUCGAUGGCGUUGGAGAUGGAUGUGAAUGCAAAGGUUGAGAGUGUUGUUGAGGAAGAUGAUGGUGAUGUAAAGGUUAUUAAUGUGUUUGGGAAUAUUUUGAUGGAUGAGGAUAUUAGUGAUGUUGAUGGCGAAACGAAGAAGAUUAAGGAUGAAGAGGACGGGGAAAGUGAUGGCAGUAUUAGGGCUAAAAAAGGGAAAAGAGGGAGGAAGAGGAAAGUUGUGGGGAGUUCUGAAAAGGUGAAAGUCGAAAAUGAUGGAGUUAGAGUUAGUAGCAGGGUGUUGCGGUCAAGUGUUAAGAUGACGAGUGGGAGUGCUAAGGUGGAUGAGAGUAGACUUAAUGAGAGCGUGGUUGGUUUUAAGAGACAAAUGAAAGUGGAAUGUUUUGACCCGACUGAGCUUGAUAUGGAAGUGGAUGACAAGAGUCAAGCGAGCGGUAGACUGAAUAAGAAACAAAAAUUGCACAGGAGACCUCCUAAGACGCAGGGUGAGAUUGAUAUAAGUAGAAAGAUUUUAGAUGAAAAUGACGUUGAGCAGGUUGAUGAAAGCACUUUGCUGAUUGGUAAAGAGCAGAAGAAACAAAAGCGCCGCGGGAGACCUCCUAAGACGCAGGGUGAGAUUGGUUCUAGUAAAAGAAUUUUAGAUGAACAUGAUGUCGAGGAGGUAGAUGAGAGAACUUUGCUGAUUGGUAAAGAGCAGAAGAAACAAAAGCGUUGCGGGAGACCUCCCAAAAUGCAGAGUGAGAUUGGUUCUAGAAUUUUAGAUGAAAAUGAUGUCGAGGAGGUUGAUGAAAGAGCUUUGGUGAUUGGUGAAGAGCAGAAGAAACAAAAGCGUCUUGGGAGACCUCCAAAGAUGCAUAGUGAGACUGGUUUAAGUACAACAAUAAAAUCUGAGUGUUUAGAUGACAAUGACGUUGAGGAGGUUGAUGAAAGCAAUGGCAACCAACAGAAGAAGCAAAAGCGUCUUGGGAGAGAUCUUAAAGUUGAGGGUAAAAAUCUAAAAUGUCAUGGUAAAUGGCCUAAAGCAUAUAAAGGAAAGCCAAAGGCUAUGGUGGUUAAGAUGAACAACAGUCAGUUGAAAAGUGAAGUUGCCGUAAAUACCCCAAAGAUUUGCAAUGUGCAAAAUGAAGAUGGUUCAUCUGAGAUCACUGGUGACAAUACAGAAAGCGUCAAGAUUUCUGAAGAAAAUAAUGCUCCGACAACCGCCGAAGAUACUGAUAAAAAUAAUAACACUUUAAAGUUGAAAAAUAGCAUAGGAGGGGCUGACAGUAGACGAAUGGAACAGCAGUUGGUGAGAGAUCGAAUAGUUAGUAUGAUUAUUAAGGCAGGUUGGACGAUCGAGUAUAGACCGAGGCAAAAUAGACAAUAUUUGGAUGCGGUAUAUGUUGAUCAGAAAGGGAAAACACAUUGGUCUGUCACCAAAGCGUAUUUUAGUCUUAAAUCGAAAAUUGAAAAAGGUGUCGCUUGUAAUGAAGAAGUUUCCGCAUUUACUUCAAUAUCUAAUGAGGAACUGAGUGUACUUUUUAGGUCGGUUUCGAAGGUAAGAAGCGAUAAGGAUAUUAAGAAGAAGAAGAAGAAAAAAGAAAAGAAUCAAUGUAAGGCUGAAAUAAUCAUCACUGGAGUGGCACAACUUAAGAGCCAUAAAAAGAAACUUGACAAGGAGAACAAAGAGAAGAAAGCAAUACAAAAGUCUGCUAAUAGAGGACCAAAGGUAACUCAGAAAGAUAGGCAGGGCAGAAAGCCACGUUUGCUUGCUCGUAGCACUAGCAAGGGGUUAAAUCAAGACAAUGACGAUUCUGCAUUAUACAGUGGAAAGCGGAAUCUUUUGUCGUGGCUUAUAGAUUCCGGUGUUAUCAUACCAGGUAGCAAAUUGCAUUAUGGCGAAAGUAGACUGAGAAGCGGGUUGCUUGAGGGAACUGUUAACGUUGAUGGGAUUCAAUGUAAUUGCUGUAAUGAAAUUAUGGAUAUAUCAAGGUUUGUGUCACAUGGUGGAGGGAAAGACGCCCAGGGACUUGAAAAGAUAUCUUUACCGUCUGGAUCAUCUCUUAUAAAGUGCUUGUUGGAAGCAUGGAGGAAAGAAGAGGAGUCAUCUAGCAUUAAGUUCAAUUAUGUUAGUGUUGAUGGGGACGAUCCUAGCGACGAUACAUGCAACUUUUGUGGAGAUGGUGGUGACUUGAUCUGUUGUGAUGGUUGUCCGUCGACAUUCCAUCAGAGCUGCCUUGAUAUCCAAAACUUCCCGUCUGGUGAUUGGCACUGUGUAUACUGCUCUUGCAAGUUCUGUGGUCUAGUUGUCAGGGGUGCUGCUCAAAUGGAUGAUUCUCAUCAGCCAAAUUCUGAAAUGCUCGCGUGCUUGUUGUGUGAAGAAAAAUUCCAUCACACAUGCUUACAAGAAGAUGCAGCAAAGGUUGAUUCUAGUAUCCUAUCGUUUUGUGGGAGGAAAUGCCAGGAGAUACAUGAGCGACUACAGGCAUAUCUUGGGUUAAAUUUUGAACUUGAAGAUGGGUUUUCAUGGACUCUACUAAAGCGCUCUGAUGUUAGCCAAGUUGCCGCACUUCUUGAUGAUAAGCAGAAGGUCGAGUGCAAUUCCAAGUUGGCUGUUGCAUUCUCUGUUAUGGAUGAAUGUUUUGUGCCUAUUAUGGAUGAGAGAAGUGGAGUCAACAGAAUUCACAAUGUUGUUUACAACUGUGGGUCAAACUUCAGAAGGUUGGAUUAUUCUGGCUUCUUCACAGCAAUUUUGGAGAGAGGUGGUGAAUUGAUCUCAGUAGCAUCGAUAAGGAUCCAUGGGCAUCAGUUGGCAGAAAUGCCUUUUAUUGGAACUCGUGACAUAUAUAGGCGUCAAGGGAUGUGUCGUCGGCUUUUAGAUGCAAUUGAACAAGCUCUUAGUACUCUUGGUGUUGGAAAACUGAUCAUUCCUGCAAUCCCUGAACUAUUCAAAACAUGGACCAAGGUGUUUGGCUUUAAGCCUCUUGAAGAAUCACAAAGGCAAGAAAUGAAGUGCAUGAGUAUGAUAGUGUUUCCCGGUACAGAUAUGCUUCAGAAACCACUUCUCGAUAACCAAUCUGCUGAUAAGAAUCUUAGUCUGGUAGCUGAGACUGCAGAUGCAGUACCAGGGUCAUCAGGUGAUAUAACCCAUGAACAUAAUGCAUCUGCUAUGGUCAACAAUAGUGUUGAUUCAGUUAGAAUGUCUCCUUUGACAUUGAAAGGUGUUUCCAAGAUUACUUUUGACUUGAACCUUCAACCUGCUGCAACUGAUGCUGAUACUCCAUUUGUUGAUGAUGAUGACUGUAUCUCAAAGGAACCACAAGUUUGUAAAAGCUCAUCCGAGCAGGACCAAGUUUGUAAAAGCUCAUUUGAGCUAUCUGAUUCAAGUGCCCAACAUUGCAGCUCAUUCCCUACUCCUGGUUUGAUCUGCAUUUAGUAGGGGUUGAGCUGCAUCUAGUGCGUAAAGGUGGAGUGUUGUAAAAUGGAAGAUGGUGAGAUAAAGUACUGAUGCUUAUUUAUUAGAGUUAUUGGCUUAAUGAUGCUGCUUCAUACUGCGGAGGCAUGUGUAAUUUUUGGUGUUUACUGACUGUAAAUACAUACUUGUGAUUUUUGGGCAAGUAUGUCGCAUGGGCUCCGUGGAAUUUAAAAUAUGGUUUUGGAGCCCAUGUAAAUGUUAAUAUAGCUAACUAUUUGGGGCAGAACAUUUUUGACAGCACCAUUUUCAAUCGAAGUAUGACUUCAUAGGUUUGUUGGAACCGAAGGUUGUUGUGCUUUACUUAAGUUAAUCUUGAAGCCAGUUGAAAACUCGGGUCCUUAGCUGAGUCGUUUUCUUAUAUAUUAGAAACAAAAUUUGAGUGUUAAUUACAAUGUUUAUGUUAUUGUUUUUCUAGAGACCUUUUUGAAAGGUCUUGGUUUCU